AUGUUCAACAGAAGAUAGCUUCUGUGUUUAUUGCUGGGUGAUGCGUUCCCACAAAGCCUGCUGGACUAUGAUUCCCUUUACAGCGUGUUUGUUGUUUCCUUGGCAACGUAGACCAGAGCAAUGGCAAAAUGAGGAUCAGCGAAGAGGCGGAGUCUCAUUCGACCGAACCGACAAAAAUGCAAUUUACGUGCGAAUGUUAGGUGAUGUUAAAGGAAGGGAAAGGCCUGAGCAACAGCAAAAGGAGCAUAGGCACCCUGCACUGACCUCAGAAGAUAACAAACUGAUAAAUGAUAUUGACUCGAGGGAGGUGACAAACCGGCUGACUAGUCAAUUCCAUAGUCUGAAUCGUCAGAAGCGCAGUAGAUGUCAACCUGGUGACUGCAAAAACUCUGAUAGCAAUGCUGUGAUAGAUGAGCAUUACCACCAACAGGUGGCGCUAUUGCUGAACCAUGUCAGCAAUUGGAAAUUCAACAUUUUUAUUCUAGACAGGAUCACCUAUGGUCAGUCGCUGUGGUAUAUUUGUACGCAUCUAUUUAUUGAGUAUGGCCUGGUGCAGCACUUCCAUCUUGAUUUAACCAAAGUCAUGAAAUGCUUCUCAUUGAUUGCCGAAGGUUACCAUAGCAACAACCCAUAUCACAAUGCAACCCACGCGGCAGACGUAACACAGGCAAUGCACUGCUACCUGCAGGAGAAAAAGUUACGUAGGUCGAUGAGUCCCGUAGAAUUAAUGGCUGCGCUACUGGCGGCUGUAGGACAUGAUCUCGACCAUCCAGGAGUCAACCAAGCGUUCCUCAUAGCCACGUCUAACCACCUGGCAGCUCUAUAUAAGAAUUCCUCGGUGCUGGAGAACCACCACUGGCGCAAGUGCAUCAGCAUUCUGCACGAGUGUUGUCUGCUGGACCAUCUGGGCCGUGACGACUGGGAAGAGCUACGCUAUCUCAUCCGCAUCCUCAUCCUCGCAACCGACAUCACGCGGCAGCAGGAGUUCCUCACCAGAUUCAAGAAGCACACUGACAGAGGCGACUUACACGACCUGCGUGUUAGCGAACAAAGGCACUUCAUUCUGCAGAUAACACUGAAGUGCGCGGAUAUCUCCAAUCCAUGUCGGCCAUGGGAGAUCAGCAACAGGUGGAGUGAGAGAGCAUCUGAAGAGUUCUAUAGACAAGGUGAUUUAGAGAAGAAGAUUGGAAUACCAGUGACCCCACUCUGUGAUAGGAUGAGCACACCUGUACCAAAGAUUCAAGCUGGUUUCAUGGAGUUUGUGGUAGGCCCACUGUUUAAAUUGUGGCAGCAAUUUCUGCCUACACGUCUGUCUGGGGUGAUGGUUGGCUGUCUGGAGACCAACAAGACCAUCUGGCAGGAAGCUGUGAGGAAAGCUGACCUAGAAAAGGACAGGGAGGUCGAGAAGCUGCGUGACAACAGCCCGCAGGCGUCGCAGACGAGCAGCCGUCGAUCUAGCAUUGACGACGACAACCACUCGGACAUCAUCAGCCGGAAGAGCAGUGCCGAGCUGAUGGCAACCCUGGAGAACGUGUCGCUGAUGCUGCUGCUCGGCCGCCGGCACAGCGUGCCCCUCAGCCUCGACACGCACGAAAUGCGUCUGCUGGCGGGCAGCCGCCGCCGCAGCUACCCGCGCGCCGAGCGCACGCGCUGGAGCGUGUCCGUCGCCAAGCCGACGAACCUUCACUCGAUGCCCGCGCUCAAUCAGCUCACCGACCUCAUCCUCACCGUCGACAGCGGCGUGAGGGUGAUGGCGACGCGCGGCGCACGCGUCGCCGCGGCGACGACGCCGUCGCCGUCGCCGUCCCCGCCGCCGACGGACGGUUUCUCGCUGCAGCAGCCGACGACGAAGGUGACGGCGCUCACGUCCGUGUACGAGACGAGUCAGCUGAUCUUCGAGUCGGCAGCGGCGGCCGACAGGGGGCGCCGCGUGUCGCCGCUCAACCCGCCGACGGUGAAAAUUCUCGUUGCGCAGGACACGCCCAAUCACUCAGAGAGCCACCUGGUGACGCCGUCCGUCCACUCGGACAACAGGCUGAGCGUUGACGAUGACCUACUGUGCUGCCGCCGCUCUUCCGAUCCCGGUCAGAACAAGAUGUCGCCGCCGCACGCAACGAGCCCGCGAAGGUCGUCCGAACCGUGCUCGAUGGCGACCAAGGUCGCGUCGGGGUUCGUGCAGCGCGCGACGCUCUACGGCGCCACCUGCCGAGAGGUGCACCAGCCGAUGUGCAGGCAGACGACCGACUUCCCGGAUAGUAUGCGCCUCGCGUCGGAGUAUCGGUAG